AUGCAUUCAAUAACAUUGGAUCCGCACAACAAGUAUCAGCUCAAGUGGUUCUUUGACGAUCACAAACAGCGAAUCACAUUCAACGCGAUGGUCGAGACCACCGGUUGGGUCGGGUUUGGCAUUUCGCCCAACGGAGGAAUGACCGGAAGUGAUCUGGUCAUCGGGUGGAUAGAUGAGCAUGGUCGGCCACAGUUUCACGACCGAUACGCCGAAGAGGAAGAGUUGCCGACAAUAGACGAGUCCCAAGACUGGCAUUUACUGGAGUCCGGACACAACGGAUCGCACACUUGGUUCACAUUCACGCGAGUCUAUUACACGUGCGAUACGGAGAUGGAUCUGCACAUCACAUCGGACAUGACCAAGAUCAUUUGGGCCUACAGCCAACACAAGCCCUCCUCACCCAACGCUAUGCCACAACACAAGGCCCACAAUAGGGGCGCACGUAAUGUGCAUUUGCUUAGUAUUCCCGGCCAUCGUUUGGACAAUACGGCCGCCGAACACAUCGAGAAGUGGGACAUCACUUCCAGCAAUCUGUUGAUACCCAACAACUCGGACACAACCUAUUGGUGCAAAAUAGUGAUCGCGCCCUUCAAGACCAAAGUCCAUGUCAUACGGAUCGAGCCAAUGAUAUCACCGAAAACAAACGCCCCAUUCGUUCACCACAUGGUUCUGUACCGAUGUCUUCACCCGAACUCGUCACACAUGGAUCAGUACGCCUCCCAUAGCGGCGCCAAUUUGCGUCAAUACGACGCCGACACCGCAACCAUGGGAUCAGUGGCCGACUAUCGGCUCUUCAUUCCUCCUAAACAAGAGUCGGUGACAAUUGCCGGUCACUGUCACCCGACUUGCUUCAGGAGCAAGAUUCCAGAUGAUGGACUUCAUGUGAUCGCCAGUUUACCUCACGGACAUAAACACGUCCGCAAAAUACUUGUCCGGCAUUUCAGAAACGGAACAGAAUUAGAGCCAAUCGCCGAAGAAAACAAUUAUGACUUUAAUUUUCAAGACUUUCAACGAUCUCCAGAUCAGUGCCGUAUUCUUCGCGACGACCACAUCGUUGUCGAGUGUACUUAUAAUACACAAAACAGAGACAUCCCGUUAUUUGGCGGACUAUCGACUAAAGAGGAGAUGUGUUUAGUAUUCAUUAUAUACUAUCCGAGAAUGAAAUUAACCCGAAAUUGUUUGAGUGGUUUAACUCCGCAAACAGUUAUGACACUUUCAGAUGUGGCAGAAGUGCACAGCAUUGAUGACAACGACAUGAAUCCAUUAAUAGUGAUGCCAUCCAAUUACGCCAAUGAAAGGCUCUCAGAAUAUGUACAGAACAAGAGUUUUUGGGACCAGAAUGUGAUGAGCGCUUCCCAACAGUUGAUUAGAUUCGCGCCGCAAAAGGCUCAGUGUUUUUGGCGUAAAGUCGACGGCGCGGCCGGAAUGGACGAAAUCGAUGAUCUCAUUCAAUACCCAACUAUUUUAAACACAUAUAAAGAACCCGUCAAAGAGUGUCAGACAUUAUCUGUCUACAAGUAUGUGAAGCCUUCUCAGCCCAUAUACCGUCCGCCGUCCGCCAGAAUCGCCACCAAUCGGACUGAAUCUCCAGAAUCUCACUCUUCGUCCACGACUUCCACUUCUCAGUCAAACAACGAGUCGCUGAAUAAGUCGGGAAUCUUCGGGAAUAAAGCAAUUGUUUCGGAUCCAUUAAAGAGUGCUCUGAAGAGAUCAAAAUCAUUUGGCGCUAACGUAACGGACAGUAAUUGCGAAUCAAUCGGACAUUUGAUGUCAAUUGAAGACAUUUCGUGGGAAAACAUGACAUUAAUUCGUCGGUCUAUUGAGAAGACAAACUCAAUGACAACCAAUCAAUUGAUGCAAAUCGUGCGCAUUAUCUGCAAUAAAGCCAUCGAUAAUUCAUCCAAUUCUCGCUCUUUAGCCAUCAUUUGUCUGACAAUUAAUGAGAAACAGAGCGAAACACACAGACAUCUGUUCAUUGAGUCUCUAAUCAAUUGUCUGCGCGAAUGGUUUAACGAAAGGGAUAGACUUCGGCUCACUUCUGGCGGCGCCCGCCGUUGGGUCGCAUACGUGUCCUUCAUAUGCGAGCUAUACAUGAAUCUGAAGACACGGACAGAACCGCAGAAUACGAGACAAUGUUUUAACGACACAAGACACUUCGACAACGAAUACGAUUUUCAUACAAAUAGAUCCAAUGAUAGCCAAACAUCCCCUCCAGUGAUGGCCAAACAGGAGAAACAGUUUUCGGUUUUGCUUUACGACUCAUUUCAGGCCAUUUUAAUGAACGCCAACUCAACGCCAACAGAGAUCGAGUGCCUUCACUCCUCUUUGCGGUCUUGUGGCAAAUACCUGGAAGAAGACAAUGCCUCAAGAAUGAAGACAUUGAUGGCCACAAUUCGGGACACAUUUCUAUCUCUAAGCCAAUCGUCUCAUCAAAUAAAUUGCCAGAAAUUGUAUUUAGAGAUAAUAGAGUUGUGUUCGAGUCGUUGGCACUUCACUCAGUCUCAGCUCAUAUAUUACUUCCCGUACACUAAACCCGACCAAUGAUUAUAACGACUAACUCUUUGGAUCUAAUUUAACGAAUCCUUUCGAUACGAAACCUUUUCAUUAUUGACUUUCGAUACGAUAUUUAGUUUAGUAUUUAUUAUAAACUAAUUAUAUUCAGUCAUUUAAAUGUAACUCAUAAUCAUUUGUUUAAAA